AUGACUGCGGGCGAAGGGAGAGGCAUGGACGGGGAGCCGCCCGCGGGCACCGCCGUGGGCGCCACAGGGAAAUUUGAUAUCGCCAGAUGGGUACCGUCCUUGGAAUCUGGCUCCCAACGGACCGUUGGGUGGGGUGCAUCCUUACAAAUACGCUAUACUGCCGAUGAUUCGGCGAAGCCUCCACUGAGCGACGGGAGGGACCCUGAAGAGCCGCCGAUGCAGACGCCCCCGGGAAACCCACUGGUGGUCUCUCACACCCUGCCGGAGCUGCUGGGCAAAGACACGGUGCAGGUGGAGCUGAUCCCAGAGAAAAAGGGACUUUUUCUCAAACACGUGGAAUAUGAAGUUUCCAGCAAGCGUUUCAAGUGCUCGGUGUACCGACGGUAUAAUGACUUUGUGGUCUUUCACGAGACACUCCUUCAGAAGUUCCCAUACCGGAUGGUCCCGGCUCUUCCACCCAAAAGAAUGCUGGGGGCAGACCGAGAGUUCAUCGAAGGGAGGCGUCGAGCGUUGAAGCGCUUCAUCAACCUGGUGGCAAGGCACCCUCCAUUCUCAGAAGAUGUCCUCCUCAAACUCUUCCUGUCCUUCAGCGGCUCGGAUGUGCAAAACAAACUGAAAGAGCUGGUCCAGGGCGUGGGGGAUGAGUUCAUGAUCUGCAAGUUCGCCACCCAAGCCAAGGAUUUCCUGCCCGCCGACAUCCAGCUCCAGUUCGCGGCCAGCCGGGAGCUGAUCCGAAACAUCUACAACAGUUUCUACAAGCUACGGGACCGGGCGGAGCGGAUUGCCACCCGAGCGGUUGACAACGCCGCUGACCUCCUCAUAUUUGGGAAGGAGCUGAGUGCUCUGGGCUCGGACACGACCCCGCUUCCUUCCUGGGCCGCUCUGAACAGCAGCGCUUGGGGGAACCUCAAGCAGGCCCUGAAAGGCCUCUCGGUCGAAUUUGCGCUGCUCGCGGACAAAGCGGUCCAACAGGGUAAACAGGAAGAAAAUGACGUGGUUGAGAAGUUGAACCUUUUCCUGGACUUGCUCCAAUCCUAUAAAGACUUGUGCGAGAGGCAUGAGAAGGGCGUCUUGCACAAGCACCAGAGGGCCUUGCACAAGUACAGCCUGAUGAAGCGGCAGAUGAUGAGCGCUGCUGUCCAGAACAAGGAGCCGGAGACCGUUGAGCAGCUGGAGUCCCGGAUCGUGGAGCAAGAGAACGCCAUCCUGACGAUGGAGCUGCGGAAUUAUUUCUCCCUCUACUGCCUGCACCAAGAGACCCAAUUGAUCCACAUUUACCUGCCAGUCACCUCUCACAUCCUGGGGGCUUUCGUCAACUCCCAGAUCCAAGGCCACAAGGAGAUGAGCAAAGUGUGGAACGAACUGAAGCCCAAACUGAACUGCCUCUUUGUCGGAUCUGGCAACAUGCCGACGUCAUCCUUCGCCCCCUAGGAGGGCACCUUCUUUUCAAGUUGAUGCUUUAGGACGGGUGGUGCCGGGCAGCCGGGAGAGGGAGAAAGACCCGUGGGAUUUGCACGUCCCACUGUUCAAAGGAAUCGUCCCGUCGGCUAUCCUUGUACUAUUAUUAUUAAUUUUUUUAUGCUGCUUUGAAUUGCUCUGUGAUUGAUGGGCUGCCUGGAAAUGUGACCGCACAAAGAGAGAGAAUCCCCCCACUCUCUCUCCUCUGUAUUCUAUCGGGGACCACACCUUUGUCCCAAGUUUUCUAUUGCUCAAUAUCCUCAGUCCUGUCUGUUCAACCGACCUGUCAGCUUUGUGUCUUUCGGAGCAGCCAACCGGGAAAGAGGAAUGGGGGGCGUCACCAAAGGGCCAAAGGUGGCUCCAAAUCCAGUGCCGCUUGCCAGCUCGGAAUCCAAAGAGCCGGCAGGUAGGAGAUGCAGCGUUGGGGGCACUCCAGUUGGGUCUCUUUCAGGCCUGUAGCGACAGUGGGGUGUCUUGGGGCCAACACCCCCUUUAAUUUAAAUUUAAGAGCCAGUUUGGUGUAGUGGUUAAG